AUCGGAAUAUCUGCUCGGGAUUUUCAAACUGAUAACGAUUCUAUAAAACCAUUACACCGCGCGGCAAUUCCACAGUCAGUCUUUAGCGAGCGCAAUCUUCAGCCGGUCUGAAAGAGUUGGAAAAGGUGAUAACGGUUCUGGAAGUGUUUGAUUCGAUUCGAAUGUUUGGUGCACUGCAUAAAUUUGAAUUUCGUACUGCGUGUAGCAUGAACAGCUGGAAAAACUGAUAAUUUUGGGGGUUGGAGCCGACAGUCUGCAAGCAAGGUUUACGGAAGAAUUGUGCUACUAUCUGGAAAAUCAAAAAUGUUUCGUGAAAUUUUCGCUUUUGGUGUGAUGUUUGUGAACCUUGUGCUUGCUGGCCGAACAGUGAACUAUACAUGCUUAAUGAGUUCCGAAGGAUAUUGCGUUUUUCAAGGCGUUAGAAUCGACAGUGUAGAAGAAGCAAGUAAUGUGAAGUUGCUGGCACCGGCCUACGAUAUCACCAGAAUCAAGUUCCGAGAAUCAGCGAUGUUCAUUCUACCGGACAAUAUUUAUGAAACUUUCCCAAAUAUGCUGGAACUGAAAGUUUGGUGGCAAAGUUUGCACAGUAUUUACAUUCCACCGAAUCUACUUCAUUUGGAUGCGGAAAGGAAUCGUAUUCAACGAAUCAGUUUCGAUACCAACACGGUGCCAAUGUUGAAAAAACUGGAACUUGGUUAUAACAGACUCAAAACAAUCGAAAAUAUCUCUUACUUUGAAAAUCUCGAAAUUCUGGAUCUCUCUCAUAAUGAUCUGCGAUCGAUCGAUCUGUGUCUAUUCCAGCGAAUGAAGCAUCUCCGUAUUCUAGACUUAUCAGUCAAUAAUAUGGCCAUCGUGAAAAACUCCAUGGAACAUAAACUGGAAUCACUAACAGUAUUAUAUCUGAAUGACAAUCGGCUCUCAUAUCUAGACAUCAAUGUACUACGUCAGUUUCCAAACUUGGAGACUCUGCAUCUGUUCAAAAACGGGUUAAUGUACAUGGAGUAUGAAAAUAUGCGUACAAUGUUUCCAAAAAUCAACAUUGUUCACAUCUAUGACAACGACUGGAACUGCGAAAAUCUAGCGGAGAUGAUUAUCUACUUCAAAAAGAUCAACAUCGUGGAAUACAAGCUGUUUAGUUCUAUGAAAUGUAAGGAACGGGUAAUUGACGGCAUAUGCUGUUCCGAGGGUAAAGCUUUAACAAUCCUCAAAAAAUCAAACCUUUACUUCUCGAACUACGUCAACGAGUUGAACCUCCAUUCUCAGCAUAUAAUGGAAGAGAUGAAACAAUCCAAACGUGAAAUUCAGAAACUCAUAGAGCAUGAAAAUAUGACUCAAGCCUCGUUACAGGCCUUCAGCGCAGAUAUGAAUGCAAUUCGCAAUCGCAUUGAAAACAUCACGGUGCUUGCUGCUGAUACAAGUUCGACAGUAUCAAGGAACAAAAAACACGAAAAGGUCGAUAAGCUGGUCCAAGAGAUCUACAAAAUUAAACAAGAUCACCAGAGUUUAACACGGGAAAAUCAAGCAUUCAAACAGCAGAUAGAAAAGUACGAAAACAUAAAAAUUGAAAUGGAGUCGAUCCGAGCAUAUUCGGAAGAGAUGAGGAACACCAUACAGGAACUGAAAGAAGAAAACAAUCAUCUGAAGGUUGACCUGUAUCAGCUGCUGAAUGAAUUUCACGAAUUGAGAGCCAGCAAGAAUCCAGAAAAGGAGGUAUGACGAAAGGAGCGUUGCUUCCAGAGUAAUUGGAGCACAUGUUAGUAGAGCAUUGGGACUGAUUCGAAUGAUUUUAGCACGCGGGUAGUUGAAUACCGUAUAUUCAGCUUUCGUGCCUUAUCAUGGUAGUUUUAGUAGUAAAACAUAAGUUAGGAAAUAUUUUGCUGGACAAACUAGAUUUAAGGCUAGAUACACUCAGAGUUGAUUUCUGUUUCGGUUAUCUAGGAUCAAUCAGACUGAUACUCAGAGAGAACUCCUCAACCGUCCGUGACGAAGAGAGGAGGCCAAAUGGUGAGAUAGAUUCGUAGCAAUGACUUUGCAGGAAAUUUGAAUGGUGCUGAUAAUUUUUUGAUAUCUGAUAAUUUCAAUUUCAAUCAUAUGAUUGACGGUAAAGAAUGUGGAAUAACCCGGCUGCUUAGUAAAUGUGUGUAUUGUUUCCAUCGAUGACAUGCGCUUCGGUAGAGAAAAUUUAGUGAAAGAAGAGAGUGACGAUGACUCAAUGCGUAUGAAUUGAGAGUGGCGGCGGUAUCAGCUAGAUGAAAGUCCAAAGAGUACAACUUAGCACCCAGUGUUCGAUUUACUUGAAACUAAUGGUAUACAUGAAAUAAAUAAAAUGUAAACAAACUCAAA